ACAGUUGAACAUAUCGCAAAACCAUCAAACUAUAUAGGCUAGCUAAGCCACUGUACUACUUCCAUUAUUGGAUCGAUUGAUCUGGCUUUAUAUAUAUAUAUAUAUACGAAUAAUAAUCACAUCUAGUGAAAAUAAAGAAGAUAAUAAUGUCGUCGAAGGUGGUAACAACUCUUUUUUUGUUGAGUCUUCUUCUCUUAUUCACAGUUAAUACCUGUUUGGCUAGGCCUGCUCCAUUAUCAGCUUUCAUUUCCAACUCUGAUACUACUCUUAUUCCCACUAAACAUCUUGGCCAUAAGGUCAUUAAUAAUGAAGCAGAGCAUGAGGAGGAAAUUAGUUGUGAGGGAGUUGAGGAAGAAGAGUGCUUAAUGAGAAGAACACUUGCAGCUCAUACUGAUUAUAUCUACACACAGAAGCAAAAUCCCUAGAUUAUAUAAAUUUAUCAACUAUUGUAUAUCAAUAUAGAUAUAUAUUAAUUGUUAUUCUACAUAAGCUAAAUCUUUUUUCUUUUUCUUUCUUUGCUGGAACUAUAUAUCUAGCUAAAUGUCUCCAAAUUACAUAUUUUCUCAGUUUUACCACUCAAAAUCUGAUAAAUUAUUUAUUUAUUUAAAUUUAAAUUUUUACAUAAUUAAAGAAUAAUUUGUGAAAUUUUAAGUAAUGAAACAUGGAGAUGACCUGUAAUUUGGAUAAAGAAAUUUCUAUUUGUUUUAUAAAUAGUUUUUUUUUUUUAAAAAAAAUCGGCUUUUGUAAAAUUUCUGGGUUUUUGAUAAUUUUGGAGUGUUUCAAUUUAUUGUAUUAAAUAUAUAUAUAUAUAGAAAGACGGGUCUGGUUGUACCCUUUUGUAAUUCUUUUUCUUUCUUAGGCGAACUUUAUUUAUAAUAUGAAAUGAAUAAAUGGUUUAUUACUAGUAA